GAACGUCGGCCUGGCCAUCGAGGAGCUUAGCGGGGCACAGCCCAACCGAGCCUCCGUGGAAGGCCUGGUGGACUACCUGAACAACCCCACCACCUACGACGGUCUGAAGGACAUCUCAGAGGUUCACCCAUCCAUCAAGGGCGGUGACAUCUGGCCCAAGAUGCGCUCCAUGAAGCAGCAGGACCUGUAUGACAUGUCUGCCUACAUCCUCUACCAGAACCAGACGAUCCCAGAGAAGUGGGGUGGUGGCAAGACAUACUACUAG